UGCGUGUACACCCGUUGGAGCGGCGGGUAUAAAAAGGGCCGUAAAGUGAAUUCACUGCUCUUCAAUCUCAGUCUCUUCUCAAACAAUGAAGAUUUGGCUUAUUGUCGCUCUUUUGGCCGUUGCCACAUCUGUUGCGAUUGCAGCAGUUGCGGCUGAAGCCGAUUCGACCAAGACCGCCGCUACUAAAGUCAUUGAAGCUGAAACUGAUCUUCCGCCAACUUCCACCGACGUCGCCGGAGAUGACGAUGAAGGUUCCGAGACCACGACGGAGUCUUCAACAGCCGAGGAUGAGAAGAACGAAAAAAAGAAGAUAAAACACGAAAAGAGCGAACCUAUCAAGGAAGGUGAACCAGAAGAAGAAGACGAAGGUGAAAACGAAGAGGAAGAAAACGAAGAAUCCGAGGAAGGAGAUUCAGAUGAAGAUUCCGAAGAAGAAGAAUCCAAAGGAAAAGAGAGAAAAAAGACCAAAAUUGAAUCCGAAGAGGAAGGUACUGAUCAUCACAAAGAAGAUGCUGGUAAAAUUAAAUUCCCCAAACAUCAGCCUCCUGCAGAAAUUCCAACUCGUUCCAGGACUUUUGUUGCACCUGCUGCUGCUGCUUCACCUGUCGCUCAGCCGGACAAGACUCGAGAGCCAAAAUGGUAUUUCAACUCGCCAAACUCACAAUCGACCGACGUACAACCUAAAGCUAAAGUAGAAAGCCCGAAAUUUGAUUUCACCGAAACCUCGACCCGUGCCGCCGUCCAUCAUCAAGUCUGGUCCUCCUCGGCCAGGCCCGUUGCCAAAUCGGUUGCAGUUGAAACUCGUCCAGCGACGACCCGUCCGACGGAUGUUACUCCAUCCGACACGCGCAAGCCUCAUCAUCCUAAAUGGUUUUUCAACACAGCCAAGGAAAAAUCGUCUGCUGCUGAUGGAUCAACUAAAAUAGAAAGCCCCAAACCGACAGCCAUCUUUGAAAUUCCGACUCGAAAAGCUGCUGCUGCCGCCAUUUCAAUCCCGUCUUGGCCACCAUCCAUUACCACGGCGAAGCCCGCAUCACCGGUGGUUGCAUCCAACGAGCCCGCUGAUUUCUCUCACUCGGACAACCGCAGGUCUCAUUCUCACUGGUAUUUCAAUACGCCGUCAAAGCCUUCUGAUGGAUUCGCUAAGAAAGAAAGCAAUAGCAAACCGGCUGCCAUUGAAAUUCCGACCCGUAACGGACGACCUGCUGGCUCGUCCCAUCAUGCCACUCAGCAUCCGUGGACUCCGUCCAGCAGCAACUGGCCAGUGGCUUCGGUGCCCGUUUACAAGCCCGUGCUGGAAGUAACUCCGCCUCCCCCUCGCAAGCAAUACCCCAGAUGGUUUUUCAAUAUUAAAAGUUAAGAUCACUCCAAGGUGAAAUUGACCGUCAGAAAUUCAAUUAUGUCACUGAAAAUCGGAAGAAUAAAAUUGCCUUAGUUAAUUCGGAAA